ACUCAGUUGGUUUUAAAUUUUUUAUCGGGAAUGUUCACAUUUUUGUAGUUAUAGAUAGAAAUGUUUAAGUCAUUUGUCUUUAAAUAAGUAAAGAAAAUUGAAACUACGGCAAGUGAGAAGAAAUUUGCUUGUGAACGGAAGAAAAAAAAACAAGUCACGCGAAAAAAUAAUAGGUCCGGGGCAGAGGUUGAAUUAAAAGAAUAACCCAAUCAGUUGGAAUGCACUGAACGGAAAAUCCGGAUUACCAGUGAUAAUAAGAAGCUGUGAAAAUUUAAAAAACGCAUUUAGCUAAUUAACAAAUUUUUUUAUUGAGGGGUCAACUAUCGAUUUUUGCAUCAUAGUUUGAGUGCUGCAGCAGAACCUUGAAGUUAGACCGUCUCGGACUCUCGGGCGAAUCUUCGAUCAUAGUGUGUUUAUUAUUUCCUAUACUCGACCCAGCAGCAGGCGUCAGCGCUAACUAACCAGAAGUAGCAACAUGUCUACCGUCGACAAGGAGGAGCUGGUCCAGAAGGCCAAACUGGCCGAACAGUCGGAACGAUAUGACGAUAUGGCACAAGCGAUGAAAUCAGUGACAGAAACCGGAGUAGAACUAUCAAACGAAGAACGAAACCUGCUAUCUGUCGCUUACAAGAAUGUCGUCGGUGCGCGAAGAUCGUCAUGGCGAGUAAUAUCGUCUAUCGAGCAAAAAACCGAAUCCUCUGCCCGCAAACAGCAACUGGCCCGGGAGUACAGAGAACGGGUCGAAAAAGAACUGAGGGAAAUCUGCUACGAAGUAUUGGGCCUGCUGGACAAAUUCUUGAUCCCCAAAGCGAGUAAUCCAGAAAGUAAGGUCUUUUACCUCAAAAUGAAGGGAGAUUACUACAGAUACCUAGCCGAGGUAGCCACAGGAGAGACCCGCAACACCGUAGUAGACGAUUCCCAAGCCGCUUACCAGGAUGCCUUUGAAAUUAGUAAAGGCAAAAUGCAGCCAACACACCCCAUCCGAUUGGGUCUCGCGCUCAAUUUCUCAGUCUUCUAUUACGAGAUCCUAAACUCUCCAGACAAAGCCUGCCAGCUGGCGAAACAGGCGUUCGAUGACGCGAUUGCGGAACUGGACACACUGAACGAGGAUUCCUACAAAGACUCCACCCUGAUCAUGCAAUUGCUGAGGGAUAACCUCACCCUGUGGACCUCGGACACCCAAGGCGAUGGCGAUGAACCACAGGAAGGUGGCGAUAAUUAACCAAACUAAAAUUAAAGAAACAAAAAAACACACACACUUAAAUAUAAUAGAAAUUCCUUUUGACUAAUUAAUUAAAAAAAAACAAAAAGAAAAACAAGACAAAGAGAGAGAAGAAAACAAAUGCAGAAAUCAUUUCUUUAAGAAAUUGCUACACACACUCACAGACUUUCUUUGUGGAGAGAUCUCUCAGAAACAAGAGACAGAGAGAAAGAGAAAAACAAAAAUACAUGUUUGUAUGUAUGUUCUAUUUAUCUCCCCCUUCCUGAUGAAUCGUUUCCAUUUGGGAAACAUCCGAAAAGUUGAAGCUUCGUUAGUACAGUUUCACUUCACAAGGACAAUUGUUGAUUUUUGUUUAGUUUAUCUGACAUAAUACAGGCCGCAAAAUAGUGUUCAUCGCUUUUAUGGUAUUUUAUGUAGUCAUAAACUGAAGUCGGAUAUCACAUCAGAAUACUUUUCGUUUUUAAUAAAUCUCAUUCGAGACACAAAGCAGAACUUUGGUCAGACGUUUUUUUUUAUUCUCUCGCACAAACUGCUUCUACGCAUCUUACAAUGCGAGCCCAGUUUGAGUAGAUUCUUUCAUUUGGUUGGUUUUGUAGUAUUAAAAUUUUUCGGCUAUUACAAUGUUUACUCAGAACACAACAUAAACCGAAUUGUAUUAUUCUAUGCCUCUGUGUCCUCUAUACGAAGAAUAUACUAAAAAAAAAUCAAAAGAGAAGGAAAUCGCACUUCUGUAAAUGUGUAAACAUCCCGAUUGAAAUUUUUGUGAUUCACUCUGGAAUGCAAUCGGGCGCCCGAAUUUUUUUUGGAAGGGCGCCAGUGCCAUUCCGCGUAUACAAUUUCCAACACUUUUUACCAACAUAAAAAAAAUUUGUUAACUGUAAUGGCAAAGAAUGUAACCAGCAAAGUCUUUCUAAGCAUUCAACAUAGAAACAAUCGAAAACGGAAAAAAAAACAACUAACGUGUCGUUUACCGAGAACAAAGCGACCCAAAAACACGAAAGGAACACGAACAUCGUUCUGCGGAAAAACAAAUAAACAACAUCAUAUGGAAAUUAUUACUCUAAAAAUGCAAAAACAACAGCAGUAGAAGAACAAGAAGAAGAAAAAACGCGCAUAAUGUAAGAAAGUUUUUAUCAAAAGGCAGAAAAAAUUAAAAAAAUAUCCAACCUUUUUAAAGAGGAGCCUGGCUGCGCAUACGCUAGCAAAACACACAUUCUGUGAAGAAAUGUAACAAGGAAUAUUUUUUAACUUAUGGCGUUCUCACAAGAAACAACACACUCACGAUUUUUCAUGUAUUAUAACAGCAGCCAAGUUUGGUGAAAACAAAACAGCUAAAUAAAACAAGAACAACAUUAACUGUUCGAUAACUGGAAACAAAAAAAAACAUUUUGCUUGUCAUCUCAAAAUUGAGUUUUCCUUCGUUCCCCCGUUCUCGCAGGGCUGCUUCCUUCGUUCUCCGUUCGGUGAUCGAAAAUGACAGAAAAAAAGAACCUCACGUAUAUGUUCCCAAAAACAAGAAAACCCGCACGCUGCUUCCCCGGGGAGCUGCCUGUGGCCCUAGCGCGACGCACCACCCGUCACUGCUGGGAAAGAAAAAGGUUUCUUCUCGUGAUCUUUACGUAAGAAAAAAAAACGUGUUUUCCCCGAUCUGAGUGUAAUAUUGGGUGUGGUAUUUAUAUAGAAUAAGACAGGAUACUGCGACAAACAACAACAACAACACCCGGGAAACGUACCGUACGUUAAAUUGGCAUUUAUCAUACCAUAAAAAUUCCGGCUUACAUUGGUUUCCGGUUUUGAUUCAUUUGUUCGCACACUCAAUCAGCGAACGGGCGACACUCGGAUCCUUACGUUGAGUUGAACAUUCAAGACAAAUCUCGCUGAUUGGUGCUAAAACACAAUAUUAGAUAUGCGAAAUAUGUACCGUCGAGUAGAGUCGAAAUGUAAAACGAUUUAUUGUUCCUAGAUUUUGAACUGCUUGGAUCCAUAGAAUCAAUGAUUAGCAUAUUCAAAGGGCAGCUUGAAAAAAAAUUUAGUUACGAUUUUUAUGUCAUUUCGUUAGGUUUCAGUUUUUUAUUUCUUAGAAAACGACAGCCCAGCAGUCUGUCGUGUGAAUAUUCUUAGGCCGCGAAAUCACGUCUCUGCACUUUCAUUUCCUUUCCUAUUACUUUUACUCACCGAGAAAGAAAAAAAAACACUAGACAGAACGCUGACAACCCUUAUAUUUACAAUCAGUGCUAUCGGCUGCGGUAGCGUUCAGCUAAAAGUGCUAUGUUAUUUUAAUUUAUUGAUUGCCUCAAAACGCAAAACGUUUCAACUAUCGAAGCGACAAGACGACGGCUUGAAACAUCAACAGCUCCAAAGCUUCCAAGCUUCACUGAAAACAUUUAAGAAAAAAAAACAAUCGCAGUAAAUGUAAUGAGAAUAACAGAAAAUAAAUGAGAAAGAAGAGAAUCAAGAAAAAAAAUUACUCAUCUUCGUUUUUCGGUAAUAUCGCUGUUUCCAUUCAUUGGUUGUACCAUAUUAAGCAAAAGAGGUAUUGUAUUUAAAACGAUUAAACAUCUCUAAACUGAGAAUAAAACCUUCAAUAAAGAGACAAAAAACCGA